CAAAAGCGAUCACAGUUUGACACACCAAGCAAGCGGCACAACCAUUAGCAAGUGAGGCGCGCGCGCUACUCAAACACAAACGUCGUCAUGGCAGCUGCGGCCAAUGGCGCGGACGAGCAGGAGCUGCCACUCUUCCACCCGUCCCCGUGCGCGCACUACUACGUGCAGAGCCCCUCCGCGGCGUCGCACACGCUCAGCCACCCGGCGUCCGAGUCCAUGGCGCUCAUCCUCUCCCCCUUCCCCAACCUCCACCACGACGCCGACGCCCGGCGCCACUCCCGAGAUGACCGCGACCACGACCACGAGGAGGCCUCCCGCCUCACCCUGUCCCGCUACUCUUCCUCCCGCGGCUCCAACAACUCCUUCCCGGUCGGCGACAAGAAGCCCGACCGGCGGCGGCAGGUGCUGAGGGUUAUGCCGGGGCGGUUAUCAGGAGACGACGAUGACGAGGACGCGGACGGCGACGGCGACGGCGCGGCCCGGAGGAGCGGGGCGUGGAGGUACGUGAAGCUGGACCCGGAGGCCCCCUGCUGCUGCAUCGCGUUCCAGGUGGCGUGGAGAGUGGCAGCCAGCGCGGCUUUCGCCCUGCUCUUGUUCGUCCUCGCCACCAGGCCCCGGCACCCUGGGGUCUCCUUCAAGGUCGGCAAGGUCCGGCGGUUCGCUCUCGGCGAAGGGCUGGACGGCUCGGGCGUGGAGACCAGCUUCCUCAACUGCAACUUCUCCGUCGACAUGGUGGUCGACAACCACUCCAAGGUCUUCAGCCUGCGCGUCCGCCCGCCGCUGCUCGAGAUGUCCUUCGGCCGCUUCGUCUUCGCGACAUCACAGGCACGUCGCCUCCCGAUCAACUGAUCACCAACUAAGCACGGUCGUGCAGUGACACGGCUUCCUUUUCUGCUGCAGGGAGAGGGGGUGUCGCACGACGUUGCGCCACGGGCCACCUCGACGCUGUGGCUCUUCGUGGCGGCGCAGGAGAAGCCCAUGUACGCGGCGGGGCGCGGCAUGCAGGACCUGCUCGCGUCCAGCCAGGGCCUGCCUCUCACCAUCACGGUCAGGUCACGGUCCCGGUACCGCGUGGUGGGGAGCCUGGUCAGGCUCACGUACCGUCACGACUCCGAGUGCGUCGUGCACCUCAGAAGAACGCCGAAUCGGAGCAAUACGAUCGCCGCCGCUGGCAGCGCCACCUGCUUUGCCACGAGUUAGCGUGCCUAAUAGUUGCACUAUGGAUUGUCUGGUUUGCCGCUUGUGAUUUCUCGAUCCCAAAGUCAAGAUCAAUUUCGUUGCACACCAAAUGGUGCAUUGGUGCAUGCUCUUAACGGCACAGAAGAGUGUGGCCUGUCUAUAAUACUCGGUUAUGGUGUGCGGUGUUCCAGGCCCAGUACAUGUGGUUGUGCUCUUGCCAGUUCAAGGGGACGAAGCGUGGAUUGUGCGGAAAAUAAUGAUAUAAGAUUUGAUCUCAUGUAUUUAGGGUUUAUAUCUAAUUUAUAGUAUGAUAUGUGAUAAAAUAUAUCAUAAAAUUUAUGUUAGAGCUAAAAAAAUUAUAUGUGAUAAAA